AAUUAUUCAUAUUUUUUACCAUAAGUAAUCACAUUAUAUUGACAGAAAGUUCAAAACUAAAUAUUCUGGAUUACGUUAAGAGAAAUUUUUAUAAUUUUCAUACUAACAAUUCGAAAGAUUUUAUUUUUACACUCUCGAAUUCGUCAAAUCGCAAUAACAAUCGAAUAAGUUUCAAAUCAAAUCAAGUUGAUUGUUUCGGUUUAGGAAAAAGAUUAGCUGGAAUUUUGGAAUGGUUUUUUUUGAAUAAUUCAAAUGGAACCAAUACUUUGGAUGUUCAAUUUUUCCUUUCCUCAAGAAGACAACCAAAACGUGUUGAAGUUAUGACUGGUAAACAAUUUGGUUUAGAAUGGACAGACUUUCAAAUCGAACGACCAACGGUCAUUAUAGUUCAUGGGUUCUUAUCUCAUGGUCAAGAAUUAUGGAUUAACGAAAUGGAGAAAUCAUUCCUUCUAUGGUUGUAGAUUGGAGUGCUGGAGGUAAUACUUGGAAUUAUUAUAAAGCUGCGGUUAACACGAAAAUAAUAGGAUAUCAAAUUGCAAGAUUUUUAGAAUACAUAACAAACGCAACGAGUGCUCAAAACGAUUUCAACAAUUGGGGACAAUUACAUUUAGUAGGCCAUAGUCUCGGAGCACAUAUUUGUGGUUUUGCUGCGAAAGAAUUGAAAAGAAAGCAGAACAAAUGGAAAAUACUAAGAAUAACAGGAUUAGAUCCUGCACAACCUUGUUUCAGAAAUGUAGACUCCAGUAUGAAACUUCACAAAUCUGAUGCGUCGUUCGUCGAUGUUAUUCAUACCAAUGGCAGAUUACUUUCUAAAAUCGGAUUAGGUUUACCAGAACCGAUAGGUCACAUUGAUUUCUAUCCUAAUGGUGGCAGAACUCAGCCUGGUUGCAAGAUCAACUCUUCGUAUUUCGAAUAUUUACCAAUUCCACUUGUAGAAAUUAAUAACGCUAUAUGCAGCCAUGGACGUUCAUAUGUUUAUUUGACGGAAUCUUUAAUUUCCGAGGUGAAACAAAAUUGUACUUUCUGGGCGCACCAUUGGAAUUUAUCUUACAAGAAUUUGUUGCAAGUAGUAACGGAAUCUUGCGAUAAAAAUACUUGUACUGAAAUGGGUAUAAAUGCAAUAAAGUAUUCCCAUCGAGGAAUAUUUUUUGUUGCGACUUCCGACACUCCACCUUUUUGUAUUAAUGACACUCGCAUAAUUGCUGAACUAUUAAUUGAAAUGAAGAAAGAUUUCUCAGACGAAUUUUACGAUCAAGACGAAUAAUUUAUGAAUAAAUUAAAUAGCAUAUGUAUUUUUGAUCGAUAAAUAAAAGAACUUUACUUCAAAUUUCAAAUUACAUACAAUAUUUAAGUUAUUAAAUGCAACUAAGUACUAUUUACAAUCGUUUUGAAAAUUAAAUUAUGUACAUAUCACCCUAAUUUAAUUAUAAAUGAAUACUGCAUGAAUAAGCAGUCUUCGAUUAUUUAAAGCCUAAUCACUUCUUUCGUUAAUUACGAUUUAUUUAUCGCACGAUUAUAUGUCUUGUUUUUUCGAAUUGAAAAUAAUCGCACAGCGAAAAUUUGUGCGCACGGGAUCUUUUAAAUUCUAUCUAUGACUUUAUAUUACAAUUUAUAAAUUAUACUGCAUAAGAACAAAUACAAAUAGAAAGAAAUAUUUCGUUGUAUAAAUAUUCUUUUUUUUUUUUUCUCUCCUUUAUUACAAUUUACAAUAUUGUGGCGAUAAUAUGAACUUCUUC